UAGGAGGGGGAGGAAGAGGAGGAGGAGGAGGGAGACCGAGGGAGCGGACCUGCUGCAUUUCCUACAGCAUCGAGGCGUCAUCCUCUGCAUCUACCCAGGAAAGGAGGAAGAAGCGGCAGCAGCAGUAGCCUGGGCUUCAAUGUGAUCCACCGGGGGAGUAACAUAGCCAGCGCAUUUAUCCUGCAAGGGGGGAAGGGGCUAUAUCUGGGGAUCUGGCAUCGGCUGCCCCUGCCCCCCUUACUCCUGCUGCGCCCGGUUGGAUGCGCGCUGUCCGGGGCUGCUGCUAACCAUGAAUUCAGCCGAGCAGACCGUUACAUGGCUCAUCACACUCGGGGUGCUGGAGUCUCCCAAGAAGACUAUUUCGGACCCGGAGGGCUUCCUGCAGGCGUCCCUGAAGGACGGGGUGGUGCUGUGCCGGCUGCUGGAGAGGCUGCUGCCCGGCACCAUAGACAAGGUGUACCCGGAGCCACGCACGGAGGGAGAGUGCCUGGGAAACAUCAGGGAGUUCCUGAAGGGCUGCAGCGCCCUCAGCCUGGAAACAUUUGAGGCCAAUGACCUGUAUCAAGGGCAAAACUUCAACAAGGUGCUGAAUUCCCUAGUCCUUCUGAAUAAAGUCACAGCAGAUAUCGGCCUAGGAAGUGACUCUGUAUGUGCCCGUCCAUCUUCACAUCGGAUAAAGUCCUUUGAUUCCGUUGGCUCCCAGUCUGUACUCAGUCGUUCGUCAAAAUUAUUGCAGGGUCAAUAUCGAAGCCUGGAUAUGACCGAUAACAGCAACCAUCAUAUCAUGGUGAGGGCAAAGUUUAGUUUUCAGCAAACCAAUGAAGAUGAGCUGUCUUUCUGUAAGGGGGAUAUAAUCCAUGUAACGCGAUUGGAAGAGGGCGGUUGGUGGGAAGGGACACACAGUGGAAAAACUGGAUGGUUCCCAAGCAACUAUGUCCGAGAGAUCAAGUCCUCUGAAAAGCCGGUGUCUCCCAAAUCCACCUCACUGAAAAGCCCUCCUAAAGGAUUUGAGACCUCUGCAAUCAACAAAAGUUACUACAAUGUGGUGCUACAAAAUAUAUUAGAAACCGAAAAUGAAUACUCCAAGGAGAUCCAUAAUUUAUUAUCUAAUUACCUACGUCAUUUACAAACCAGCGAAAAGUUGAGUCCUACAAGUACUUCAUAUUUAAUAGGAAACCUGGAGGAGAUUUGUGCUUUCCAGCAGAUGUUGGUACAGUCAUUGGAGGAAUGUUCAAAGUUACCAGAGGGUCAGCAGAGGGUUGGCGGUUGUUUCAUGAGUCUGAUGCCCCAGAUGAAGAGUCUGUACCUGGCGUAUUGCGCCAACCACCCAUCAGCUGUUAAUGUCCUCACGCAGCACAGUGAGGACCUUGGAGAAUUCAUGGAGAUAAAAGGAGCCAGCAGCCCUGGUAUUCUUGUGCUAACGACAGGCCUAAGUAAGCCAUUCAUGCGUUUGGACAAGUACCCAACACUCCUAAAAGAGUUGGAACGACAUAUGGAGGAUUAUCACCCAGAUAGACCAGACAUCCAGAAAUCCAUGACUGCUUUCAAAAACCUUUCGGCACAGUGCCAAGAAGUGAGGAAAAGAAAGGAAUUGGAGUUACAGAUUCUGAAUGAGGCCAUUCGCGGCUGGGAAGGGGAAGACAUCAAGACACUGGGUUCAGUCAUUUAUAUGUCGCAAGUAAUGAUACAGUGCUCAGGAAGCGAGGAAAAGAAUGAGAGAUAUCUUCUGCUUUUUCCUAAUGUGCUGUUAAUGUUGUCUGCCAGCCCAAGGAUGAGCGGUUUUAUAUACCAGGGCAAACUUCCAUUGACAGGAACAUGCAUCACAAAGCUAGAAGACAAUGAAAAUCACAAGAAUGCCUAUGAAAUUGCUGGAAACAUGAUCGAAAGGAUAAUUGUGUCAUGCAAUAACCACCAAGAUCUACAAGAAUGGGUGGACCAUUUACAUAAGCAAACUAAAUUCACAGCUCUGACCAACCCCACAAUAAAGCCUCAUUCUGUGCCCUGUCACACUCUUCCAUCUCAUCCUGUCACACCAUCAAGCAAGCAUUCAGACUGCAAGCCAGCGCCUCUCACACCUGCGUAUCACACACUGCCGCAUCUUUCUCACCAUGGGUCAACGCACAGUACUAUCAGUUGGAGCCCAUUAGAGCCUCCCAAAACGUCAAAGCCUUGGAGCUUGAGUUGCUUGCGUCCUGCACCUCCUCUUCGUCCUUCGGCAGCACUAUGCUACAAAGAGGAUCUCAGUAAGAGCCCCAAAACUAUGAAAAAAUUGCUUCCCAAGCGUAAGCCUGAAAGGAAAGCAUCUGAUGAAGAGUUUGCACUGAGGAAAAGCACAGCAGCACUAGAGGAAGACGCUCAGAUUUUAAAGGUUAUCGAGGCCUACUGUACGAGUGCCAAAACACGCCAGACUCUAAAUUCCACAUGGCAAGGCACUGACCUGAUGCAUAAUCACGUCUUGGCUGAUGAUGACCAAUCAAGUCUAGACUCCUUGGGUCGUCGCAGUAGUCUUUCUCGUAUGGAGCCUUCAGACCUCUCCGAAGACUCUGACUAUGACAGUAUAUGGACAGCCCAUAGUUACAGAAUGGGGUCUACUUCUCGUUCACGUAAAGAAUCUGCCCCCCAGGUUUUGCUUCCAGAGGAGGAGAAAAUUAUUGUAGAGGAAACAAGAAGUAAUGGUCAAACUGUUAUCGAGGAAAAGAGCCUUGUUGAUACAGUGUAUGCAUUAAAAGAUGAAGUUCAAGAGCUAAAACAGCACAGCAAAAAGAUGAAGAAAUCUUUAGAGGAAGAACAGAGAGCUCGAAAGGAACUUGAGAAGCUCGUCCGAAAAGUCCUCAAAAACAUGAAUGAUCCAUCUUGGGAUGAAACCAAUUUAUAAUAGUGCACCUAGUGUCUUCCAUAUUCCACACCAGGGAACAAAAACUUGGACCUUUUUGUUAAAUGUGUGUCCUUGUGAAAAGAGAAGCACGUAUUGAGAUUUAACUGGAUUGUAAUCUGACUCAGUUGUACUGUACUGAAUUCAUACAUAGCUGACUGCCCUCAGACUCCUUUUUCCGCAGCUGCAAGUGUGAAGUUGAGAGAUUUUGAACAAUACCAAAUAUAUAAAAUUUCAACUUAA